CUCGGUCCUCAGGACUCCACCCACUUAAUGUUUCCCUGGUCUGGUGACAUGGAAGAUGUGAACUGUGUGGGGUUCUGAGGACCGAAAUUGAGAAUCACUGCAUUAAUGUCAUUUGGAAGGAGGCCAUGCGGUGUAUUUAUAAAAGUGCAUCUGUGUAACAUCGAUUACUGAGCUAUGGAUGGGAAUAGGUCAACAGGAAGUAAUUGCUCUCAAUGUGAAGAUUUUCCAUCUGCUGAAGUACCAUCCCAAGAGAACACUGAUCACGUGACAAGUUGUAUCCCUAAAGUGGCCCAAAAGGUCCAAAAUGAUAGUGAACUGGUAUCAGACUUCAAACGGCUCAAACUGGAAAGAGAUGUACAGAAGAACUGGGACCUGUUCUACAAGAGAAACAGCACACAUUUCUUCAAAGACAGACACUGGACAACAAGGGAGUUUGAUGAACUUAAAGCUUGCAGAAAGUUUGAGAACCAAAGACUGACCAUCCUAGAAGCAGGAUGUGGCGUAGGCAACUGUUUAUUUCCCCUCCUGGAAGAGGACCCUGGUCUGUUUGUUUAUGCCUGUGAUUUUUCUCCUAGAGCUGUGCAAUUUGUGAAGCAAAAUCCUUCUUACAGUACAGAUAUCUGCAAAGCUUUCCAGUGUGAUCUGACUAAAGAUGACCUGACGGAGAACAUUCCUGCAGGCAGCGUAGAUGUUACCAUGUUAAUCUUCGUCCUCUCCGCUGUCCAUCCCGACAAAAUGCACCUUGCCAUAGAAAACAUCUACAAGGUGCUGAAACCAGGUGGCUGUGUCUUGUUCCGUGACUACGGACUGCAUGACCAUGCCAUGUUACGCUUUAAACCUGGAAAUAAACUCGGAGAAAACUUCUAUGUGAGACAAGACGGGACUCGGUGUUACUUUUUCACUACAGAACAUUUGCAGCUUCUCUUCACCACAGCGGGGUACAAGGAAGUCUCUAAUGUGUACGUGCAGCGGGAGACAGUGAAUAAGAAGGAAGGCCUCUGUGUGCCGCGGGUCUUUGUUCAAAGCAAAUUUUACAAACCUCAAUGAGAGAUGUUAUUUUUUUGUAUAUGUAAUUACACUUUUUUUUUUUUUUUUU